AUUGAACUCAAAUUGUGAUUGUCAAUUUUGACAAAUAUCAUAUGAUAUUCUAAUCAUGUAUCUAAACUUGGUAUGUGUUGACAACAAAAUAGAAGGUCACUUGGAAUUGGUUUAGCAAAUCAUGUAUACUAGGAUUAGUGCUCAACUGCUAUUUAAGAGUCGCUGACUGUUUAUUGUCACAGAAAUUACGUGUGUACAUAUUGGUACACAUGUAAUAUAAGUGUACAUUGUUGUACACAUGUGACAGAAAUAACAUGUGUAGAUAAUAGCCCUCUCUAGGACUCCUAAUCAAAUUUUAGUGAACAAUCUCAUUUCUUGGAUGUCGAAUCAAUGGUUCUAUGAGUUUUUGAUUGUUGGUUAUGACAGAAAUUACAUGUAGUACACCUACAAUAUAAGUGUACAUUGUUGCACACAUGUGACAGAAAUUACAUGUGUACAUAAUAGUGCACUUUAAUGAACAUAAUGUUACUCAUCAUUUCUUGCACUAUAAAUCCAAAAACACAAUGUGUUUGUUAAAAAAUUAGAGGGAUGUAAAUAGGAGCAGGGAGAGACAUGCAGUCCAGAGGUAGUGGUGAAAGACCCAGUAAUUGUUGAGAAGGUAUUCUCUCUUUCGCACACACAAUCUAGCUUAUAAGGAUGAAUAGAAUUUUAAACGUGAAAACGCGUACAACCAAAUAUCAUUAUAAAAGUGUUAACCAUACUUGUAUCAUUUUAGAAUUUCUCAUAUAUGAUUGGUUUCGUAUCAUUUGUGCAGUUUUAUUCACUAAUUCUCUGUCUCGAAGCCAAAAUAUUGAAGCAGCAUAUCUUGCCAAGGCUCAGUAGUGCUUGCUGCUGUACUUUUAGAACAUUAUGUCUCUAGCACCACUGCAUGUUGUUUUAUCACUACCGUUACAGACCCCGUUGCUUGUUUUUCUUUUAAUUUGUGUUUGAUGAACUCUUUUGUUACUCACAGGCUGUAUGCACAAAAAGACCAUAGAAUAUCAGGAUGUUUGUUUUAAGUAAAAGGAGGAAGAUUUUGAGAUGUUGGCGGCCAAGGUAAUGAAGAAGGAAACAUACAAGAACAGAGGGAAGAAAUAUCAUAACUGGUUCAGUGGGCUAGGAUGUCUCAUUUGGAACAACUGCAACCAUAUCGAAUUUUCCAUUAUUAGACCGAGUAAUUCAUGCGAAGGUGGCAACAGAGUUGGAGCUGCAAUUGUUUUUUGGGAUGAGCAUGCUAAAUUAUCAGGUGCACUUCAGACACUGGCAGCAGAUACAACUGAUGAUUGCAGCAUGCAUAAGGAUGAGCCUUAUUGGGGUACACCAAUGGGUGGAUUCGCUUCCGUAGGUGGGGCUUAGAUUUGCUUAGGUGGGCGAUUUAAGUUGCAUGUAGUGUACAAACCGGUGCAUUUUGUCUAGUCUUUGGAUUUUCUGGAUUUUUGUAGAUAUGUACAUAUUUGUACACUACUGUAAAC